UGAAAGGCAUUUGUAAACGAAGGCACCGUUAACGCUUUUGUUUUGCCGUCUCGCGGGUCCAAACCAACCGAAGGCUGGCUUGAACCCAGUGAAUUACACCAACGUAGCGACCUUGAAAGCCACCAUGGAGGCUCGUUUCAACCCCAAGGUUCUACUACACAGAUUAGAUGUUCAACAGUUAAUGGUAGUUAAAGAAGAAACUUCUGAUGACCACAAACCUUGUGUUGACCUGUAUGACCCAGAGCCCCACCACGUAAAAGAGGAACAGGAGGGAAUCUGCAUUAGUCUGUGGGGAGGGCAGUUCAGUGGGAAGGAGAAGAUUGAUACCUUCAAGUUUCCAAUCACUGCUAUUGCCAUAAAGACAGAAGAUGAUGAACAUCCCCCUCUGCUCUCGCAGUUUUAUCAAGACCAAAUUAAAUACAGAGCGUUUCCAGAAGAGAACGAUGAAUGGGAAUCCAUCAAGAUAGAAGAUCAUGGGGAUGGUUUCAACUCCUUAGAGCCCGAAGACACUGAGAGGGAUGAAGAGGACGAUGAUGAUGUAAAGUACCCCGUCUCUGAGCUGACACACUUGUCAGACUCUGGACUGAAAACUAAAAACAUGGGCAGUGAAUGGAAGGAGAGUAGAGCUCCUGAGUCAGAGGAAGACCUUGUUGACCGAGUUUUAAGCGUCUCUGAAAUUACCGAACAACUUUUCCGUUGUUAUUCUUUCCAGAGACAUAUGGCAGAUUCAGAAACGGGACAUUUAAGCUCCUUGGGUGACAGUGGAUUGAAAGAGAAGGAAAUCGUGGACUUAGAAGUCCAGACAGGAGAAAAGUUUCACUGUGAAGACUGUGGAAAAAUGUUCAGUCAUGAACGAACUUUAAACGCACACAUGAGAAUCCACAGGGAACCUAAACCUUACUGUUGCGUUCUCUGUGGAAAUGGAUUUAGCACAAAAUCAAGUCUAAACAGACACAUCAGAGUCCACACAGGACAGAAACCUUACUGCUGUGAUCUCUGUGGCCGUAAAUUCUCUCAAAAGGGACAUUUGGCGCAACACGUGGUGCUCCACACCGGACAGAAACCCUUCUGUUGUGAUGUCUGUGGACAAAGAUUUAGCCUGAAAACAUGUCUAACCAGACACAUGAGAGUCCACACAGGAGAGAAAUCUUACUGUUGCAGCAUCUGUGGAUAUAGAUCUUCUCAAAAAGGACAUUUAGCACAACACAUGGUCGUCCACACUGGAGAGAGACCUUUCCAUUGUAAUCUCUGUGGACAAAGAUUUACAGGGAAAUCAAGUUUAAAGAAACACACGAGAAUCCACACAGGUCAAAAACCUUUCUGUUGUUAUCUUUGUGGACACAGGUUUACACAAAAAUCGAACUUAAAUGCACACAUGAAAAUCCACGCUAACAGGGAAGUUGCUUAGUUAUGAAUAAACAAACUGCAAAGCUGCAGUCGACUGUAAAAUAUUUGAUUAGUUGUUGGUUUUAGCGUUUCUCUUGUGAUAAAUUUUUGUAUAUUUCAGAAAUUAAAGAAAUAUGACUUUGCUUCACAGCCCUAUCCUGACGCCUUGAUAUUGACCUGUGUCUCUAAGAAACUCCCCCUUCAGCAUGUCGUCACAAUGCUCCCCCAUGAUUCCUUUUACAACUGAGAAGUUGUUUGUAAAAACUCAAAACGUUUUGAAUUUUGAGAGAAAUGUCAGAAUUUUUAGAAAAGAGUCAGAUUUUUUUUCCCAGUAGCUCUAAUCCUUUUCCAUAGGUUACUGCCCCUAUUUUAGAUAUGAUACAUUUUUACUUUAUUCCAGACAAGUCCCACAGACUCUUGAGGUGGCUGCAGUUAAACAGCUGCCUCAUGAAACCUCUUGAUCAAGAUGAGUUCAUAAAUUAGACCUUCAGUGGUGUGGAAAAGUUUUCUCCCCUUCCUGGUUUCCUGUUGUUGGCCUGCUGGUCACACUUGAGUGUUUCAGAACAUCAGAUCAAACUUGUUUAGGUUACAACAGUUUGUUUUGUAGCUGGGCCAGUCCUAAAGUGGCCCAGGUGCAAAAAGAAAGAAAGAAAGAAAAAAGCAUGGAAAUCAGCCAUUGUUGAAGUUUCACAAAUCACACGGUUGGUUUCAAAUAUUCUCCAAUUGAUAUAAUAUUAUAGUGUUUUAGUUUUUAAACUAGAACAAGUUAAAGAUACUUUGGGUUGUGAAAAAUGUAUUUCUGCAUUUUUAAUUAUGUCAGGAUUGGUCCUCCAAAGUACUAUAGCGUAGCUUAUUAUUUGGUAGGGUUCUUUUUAUGACAGAAAAUGCAUAAAAAAAAAUUGUAGCAUGUAGUGUCUCUUAAAUGACAGCAGGUGUCAGUAAUAGGUUGACUUCCUACAUGCAAGAAUUCACCGCCAAUUGAAAUCUGAAUGUUAGAAAGUCAAUUUUUAAACAUCUGUGUAUCACUCAUUUUGGUUAGGAUCAUCAGUGAUCAGUUUUAAUAUUUUAAAAAUGCAAACAGUCCCUUAAAGUGAACUCAGCUUAGUACCUCUCAAAUGCUGAGGCCACGGCAUCAGUUAAAACUAAUCUAUAUAUUUUUAUGUUGUAUUUUAGUUUUGCAUGUUGUAAAAAUACCUGUUGGAAAAACACUACUGCUUGACCUUUGCCCAUUUUGGACAGUGAAAAUGAGUUGAGCCAACCUAUGUGCUAAACAUCCUUUUAAUUCCACAUUUCUGUAUUUUUUAUCAAUCUGACUUAAUGUUCUAAUCUAAAUAUGUUGUAUUUUGAUUCGCUUUAAAUGGAAAAUCAUCAUAAUUAACUGAAAUAAAAGCUUAACAUCACUGUGUAAUUAA